UAGUUAGUCAUCGACUCCUUACCACCUCAUCUCUCUCAAAACUCUGAUGAAUCUCACUAACUUGUAUCGUUUCUUUUUUCUGAAGAUCCGCUAACAAGAUGUCAAGUGAUUCGAAAGAGGAACUUCAAUCUGUUUAUGAUUUCUCCGUCAAGGAUGGCAAGGGGAAUGAUGUAAAUCUGAGCAAUUAUAAAGGAAAAGUUCUGCUUAUUGUUAAUGUAGCCUCCAAAUGUGGAAUGACAAACUCAAACUACACAGAACUGAACGAGUUGUAUGACAAGUACAGAGAUCAAGGCCUGGAGAUAUUGGCAUUUCCGUGUAAUCAAUUUGGUGAAGAAGAGCCGGGAAAUAAUGAUCAGAUCGCUGAUUUCGUCUGCACUCGUUUCAAAUCUGAAUUUCCCAUUUUUGAUAAGAUUGAUGUUAAUGGUGAAAACACAGAUCCAUUGUACAAGUUCUUGAAGCUGGGGAAAUGGGGAAUCAUUGGGGACGAUAUUCAAUGGAACUUCGCCAAGUUUCUGGUAGACAAGAGUGGACAGGCUGUUGAUCGCUAUUAUCCAACAACUUCUCCUCUUACCAUCGAGAGAGAUAUAAAAAAGCUUCUUUAGAUUCAUUCUUAACUUUGAAAGCAGCAUUGUGUAAAACAGUACAUGUGUGACUUCUUAAUAGUUCUUAUGCUUUUAUGAUCAUAUAUAUUCUUCUUGGAAGAACUGUCAUAUUUAUUUGUU